CAUGACGUCAUUAGUUCAAAGUUGAAAUCAAGCAUGGUGGUGAUAGGAGGAAGCUAAGUAACGUACAUAUGCGACAAAGUUAAAAAAAUAGAUUUUUUGUUGUUGUUUUUUUAGUUUUUUGGGGGAAAUGACUUCAGAGAAUACUGACUCUUCUGAGCAUGCGCUGAAUGAUUUGAUUUAUUGGCAUCUAAAGGAGAAUGGAUACAAGAAAGCGGCUAGCGCGCUCAAACAGCAGGAGCCUCAGGUACAAACUACAAAUGUGAAGGUGUCACUCAAUGACAUAUUCAAGAAAUGGGUGAGUGAGGAACUGGGAAAGAAGAAUGAUGAAGGAAAUGAUACUCAGACAAGUUCAGACUCAACCACAAAUGCGCCACACAACACCAGGCCUGGUGAAACCAAGACACCAGCUGCUGCUAGCAAUCGGAAAAGGAAAAGAUCCACAACGAAGACAGGAGAAGACUCCGACUCUGACUCCAGUCUGGAUGUUGAGAAAUGGAAGAGUUUGGCCUUACAGCUAUCAGAUGCUGACCUUGCAAAAAUGGAUGCUUUUAUGAACUUUACCACAUCUUCUGCCAAGUCCACGAAGAAGCGAAAGCCAGCUCAACCUAAAAAACAACCUUUACCCAAGAAAACUAAAGCUAAAACUGCCACCACCCCCGCAAAAACUGACAAAAAGCCAACAGAUAAGAAAACUUCAAGUAUUUGUCCUGAAAGUAAAAUGGCUACCAGUCUUUUAGAUCAGGUUGCGACCCCUAAGACAGCUGUAAAUUAUGGACUUUCAGAGAGUGAUGGAAUUAAAGUUAAAAGCAAAAUGUCGAAAUCUCAUAACAUGGAAACACCAAGUGAAAAGUCUGAGACUGGGAAAACAGAUAAUAUCACAGAACCUAAUCCAAAUACAACUCCGUGUAAGAAAACAAAAUCAAAGACAAAUGUUAAAGUUACAACACCUGGAAGUUUAGAAACUCCUUCUAGGCUUACCGAUCCUGAGCUUGUCAUUCAAACAUCUCAGUGUGAGCCUAAAGCUAAGAAGAAGAAAUCUAAAAAAGCAAAAAUUAUGGAGCCUGUAGAUGUACAGACCUCCAUACACACUUACACUGAGGAUGCCACUAGCUCCCUAACAUCCAACCAGUCAGAAAUAAAUCAGGGUUCAGAUUUUAUCUCAGAGAAGACUCCAUCUAAGAAAGCUAAAUCCAAAAAAUCUAAAGAACGUCAAGGAUCUGAAGAUGUGGCCAUGUCUUCUGGAGAAUGUGAGAUUGAGUUUGAAAGUAGUCACUUCAACCAGUAUCAGACCCCGUCAGAAUCCGUUAAAAAAGCUAGAAGUGUUGCAGGGUCUGAAACAGUUGAGAAACAGACUAAGAAGGCUAAGAAAUGCUUAUUGGGGCCAAUUGGGACAGAAAAGAAAACAGAAUCCCAAGCCGGUACCAGUGUCUUGGGAACACUAAGUUCAGAUACACCAUCUAAAAAGUCUAAAACCAAGAAAGCUUUAGAAGCCGAUCAGUCGGAUUCAGCAUCUGAAAAUGCUGUUGUGGAUGUCUGGGAAGGUAAACAAGCCACAAAAAGCAGUUCUUCAAAAAAACAUCAUACUGAGAACAGGUUGAAAACAAGUAAAAGAAAGACAGCUGACAGCUUUGGAGAAAAUGUGAUGACUUCAGUGACUGAACUUCUAUCUAAAGAACAAUACAAAAGUCUCAUACCUGUCGAGAACAUUGCUGAAAACAAAGGCCAAGAAAGUGUUUUAGCAGCAGACGAGGAGGGAACUCCAGAACCAAAGAAGAGAAAGAAAAAGAAAAAAGAUAAGGAAAAAAAGAAAAAUGAAAUUGUUGAAGAGGUUCCACCAACACCACCAGCAGAGGAGUUUGUAGAUGCCUUGCCAAGCAGUCAGAAGAAAAAAAAGAAGAAAAAGCAUAGAGAGGAGGAAGUACUACCUGUGUCUGAUCCUGCUCCUGAAGAAGACUCUCCAAAAAAGAAAAAGAAAUCUUCAAAGAAGAAGGAGCAUGCUGAUGUGUCAGAAGAGGGACUACUUUAAAAGCAAGAGCUGAUCCAGCCUGGAAAUAAGAUGGACAUAAAAAGUGUUUACAUCAAAUAUUCAAAAUCCCAUCCUACAUUCGUGUACGAUGUUUGUCUGUGACAGUGUUGUUGAUUUCUAGAGAAGACAAGCUUCUGGGAAAUGUAAUUUUUUCAUGUAUUGCAACUUUUAUGUUUUAUUUUAAAUAUCCUUUGUUUUUAUAUACAGACCUUUUUAAUAUGUAAAAUGAAGAUUAUGCCAUGCUAUUUUUUUUUUUUUUAUAGAAGACUAAUCAUGGAAAUAUUCAAGCAAUUCACUAAUGAUAAAGAACUAUACCCCUAGAUACAAAUGACCUGGAAUUUCUUCUACAUUUUUAUAAAUAUCUUCAUAUUACUAAA